AUGCAAUCUGAUGAAAGACCAAGUACAUCUUCUAUAAAUCCUACUCAAUUAAAAUCUUCCACUGAUGAUCAAAAUUCGAAUUCCUAUUCAAUAUCAACUCUUCGUUCACUUCUAUCAUUUACAUCAUUUGAUUCAUCACCAGUAACAUAUUUUUUUGCUCAUGUAAAUUCAUCAUAUUGGAUUGAUACACUUGAUACAACAAAACAGACAUCGAAUGAUCUUACCUCAUUUAAAUGUCACUAUUCUCUUUGUCCAUCACCGAUAAAAUCACAUUGA